AUGUAUAGCGACAACACUGAGCAGCAUCUGCUUCGAGUUUGUCAUGUGAACUGCCAGUCUUUGAUGGCGUAUCUCGAUGAUUUUCGAUUAUUUUUNACGGACUCUCAGUAUGACAUCAUUUGUUUGUCGGAAACUUGGCUUAAACCUGCCAUACAUGAUCAAAUGGUUGAAUUAUCCGGCUAUCAGUUAUUUAGAUACGACAGGACUGGUAAGUCUGGGAGUGGAGUUGCGUUUUUUCUGGCAAAUACACUUAACGCUAGAAUUUUGAAAACUUCUGGAAGUGACUACANCCNAAAACCUGAAUUUCUAAUUGCAGAAAUUUCUUCUGGAGAUGAGAAGGUGUUGCUUGCAGUUGUUUAUAGACCACCACACUGUGGACAUCUAACUGAUUUCUUUAACAUAGUUGCAGACAUUUCGGUACAAUACAGACACUGUGUAAUUUUCGGUGACUUCAACGCUGAUCUCAUGCAAACUUCAUACGAUUCUAAUUCAAUAAUGACUUACAUUACUACAUCAUCCAUGUAUCUCGUUCCGUAUGCACCAACUCACCAUACGGCUAACUCAGCUACAUUGUUGGACUUGUGUAUAGUAGAUGACGCGGAGAAACUUGUAUCUUUUCAGCAGCAUUCCAUUGGAUUUCUCUCCUCUCAUGAUCUAAUAGACAUCACUUUCAAUAUCUAUAUCAAACGAUGCUCCGCUAGAAUAAUUACCGUUAGAGAUUUCACCGCAUUUGAUAAUGAAGUUUUUCUAAGCGAGUUGGCUGGCUGUGAUUGGGAUGCAUUGCUCCAAGCUGAGAAUAUUGACGAGAAGAUACUGCUGCUUAAUAAAUACUUAUUAAAUUGUUACAACAAACAUGCGCCACUCAAAACAAUACAUCCCAAGCGCUUACCUGCACCAUGGAUUACUCCUUACAUAAAGNCAAAGAUGUCUGAAAGAGACAGAAGUCGGAGGAAAUGGAAAAGACACAAAACAGAUUCAAAUUACAAUUCUUUUAGAGUACUAAGGAAUCAACUACAAGACAUAGUACGCAAGGUUAAACAGAAUUAUUACUUGUCUGUCUUUAGUAAUCUCAAGAAGCCUACUUAUACUUNGAUGAAAUUUCGACAGCUUGGUCUAAUUAAGUAA